CUUUGAACUCCCCACCUCUUCUCUCACCCCCACUCAGGCGCUGCAAUGGACAAGCCAAGAGUCGCAAAUGUCGGCGCAGAGGAGCCCGACUUUAGUGGCAAGAAGCAUCGUGACAGCACUGGUGCAAGUGUCAAUGGCGCCCACCUGGUGGAGGGCAGCGUCGAUCUAGCCGCAGCUCGACGAGCUCGUGUCAAAAUUGAUCUUGUUGUCCUUACGACGUCAACUGUCAUCUACUUCCUGAACUUUAUCGAUAAAACAAACCUAGGGAAUGCUGCAAAGGCAGGGCUUUUGAAAGAUCUCAAAAUGUCCUCGUAUCAAUUUUCCGUCGUUCUGAGCGUUUUCUUUGUACCCUAUCUACUUGUGGAGACGUUCUCCAACUUUUUGUUUAGGAGGAUUGGAGCCCGUAUAUUUAUACCUACCCUUGUUGUCGCAUGGGGCCUGGUCGAGACAUUCCAAGGUUUCGUCACAUCCUACCGUGGAUUAAUCGUUUGUCGUCUAUUCCUAGGGCUGACCGAAGGGCCCCUGAUUCCGGCGCUCGUCUUAUAUCUGUCGGAGUUUUACAAACGCCACGAGUUGCAGAAAAGGAUAGCUACGUUGUUCAGUGCUACGAGCCUUGCGGGCGCAUUUUCUGGACUUUUGGCUUACGCUAUCGUUCAUCUUGACGGAAAAGGUGGCAAACCCAGCUGGAGCUGGAUCUUCUUCUUAGAAGGUAUCUUUACUGUCGUAUUUGGUGUCGCCUCCUACUUUUGGCUACCAGAGGAUAUUUUGAGUGCUACCUUUAUGACGGAAGAAGAAAAAUUCGCAUACACUCGUACAAUCCAAGAAGACACGGCUUUUAGCACGAUGGAUGAUGUAUUCCGGUUCUCGACCGUGUGGUCGACUCUCACAGCACCUCAUAUGCUAUUCCUAUCCAGUGCCGGAUUCAUUAUUGGUUAUCUUUUCUAUGGAUUAGCGUACUUCCUCCCGGCCGUAGUGGGGAGUCUAGGCUACUCCCCCGCUAAAACUCAGCUUUAUGGAGUCCCUCCAUUCACCUGCGGGUUUAUUUUGAGCAUGGUGGCCGCAUAUUUUAGCGACAAAUAUCGUUGCAGGGGACCAAUUGCGAUUGGCUCCAGCUUCAUCACUCUGGCAGGUUUCAUCAUGAUGUACCAGAGCACAAAUGUCCAUGUGAGGUAUGGCUCGGUAUUCGCCCAAGUGAUUGGCUUGUCUAUCACCCUUCCUUGUGCGGUUACGUGGGUCCCAAAUAAUUUCUAUCCUCACUACCGCCGUGCCACAGCUCUCGCACUUGCAAUCAUCAGCAGCAGCUCUGGAGCGAUAUUAGGAACGUGGAUGUACCACGAUGCCCCUCGGUUCCACAAAACAACGAAGCUCAACAUCAGCUGCACUGUUGCAUUUAUCGUAGAUGUAUGCCUGGCACUCGGCUAUUUUCAUUACAAGAACUUGCGGAAGGCCGAGGAGCGCAGAUUACACGGUAACGGCGCAGACGACGAUAUUGAAGAAAAGCUGAGGCUGGGUGACAGACACCGAGACUUCAUAUAUACUCUGUGACCUUGGCCUGGUUCAAGCAAGUUUGUUGCGAUCUUGUACACGUGUAUUUUUUUUGAAAUUUCUUGUUUCUUGGUACGCUGUGGACCGUCCAUUGAGUCCCGUCGGACCCAUACUUCUUGCGCAUGGGCAUUUCCAUGAAGGAUUGCUUUUGGCAUCCAUGUUGAUGAAUGCAGUCGAGGAUGGCUUACAUCAAGCCACCUCGCGCGAUUUUUUUUCUUUCCUCUUCUCCUCAGUUCACGUCUUUGGAACUGAGGUGAGGUUGCCUUUCAUCACUUAGGAUGUAGUAGCCUAAUUA